AUGAGAGCUGAUGUUAUUUUCCUUCUGGCUUUUACAGCCAUGAUGGUGUUGACUUGUAAGUCAAAUGGUUUUUAAGUUGUUUAUACUUCGGUCUUCACAUGCAUUGUAGAUUUUUGGAAAGGUCCGCACAAAAUCACAAAUACAGUGCGCCGGCCCGUGAACAAGAAAAAUAUACCGUAUAUAUAAAGAUCGUUAGGUGUGGGACUAAAAUUGACUUUAUCGUCAAUAAUUCUGUAACGCUCCUUCCUCUUAUGCUAGGGUGCAUGUUAAACCAUGCAACUCAACAAAUAGACGCUUAGCUUUGUAUAGUAGGCUAAACCCUUUUCACUAUGAUCAUUAAUUUUCAAUUACGUUAUGCAAUUAGAAUAAUUUCAUUAUUCCUUGCCUUGCAGGUGCAGAAGAAGGCAAAUAUGACGAAGAAGGCAAAUAUAAAUAUAUACUCUUGAGUCUUGUUAUAACGUAUACCAGUUAUAUAUACCCAAUUGCUGCACCCUUUCAUAUUCCAGUCUGUCUAGGGCUGGCAAUUUAAUUCGUGAUCUCACCAGCAUGAGUGUAUAAUCAUUUGGUUAAUUAUAGGCUAGACAAAAACUCGUAUAUCAUGAGUGCAUCCAUUCUCCCCCGUAUACUGGUUCUAAACGAAGUACAACCUGACCAUGUACCAAUAUCAGCAUAGCAGAAAAUGUAGCUAUACACAUACAAAAUUCAGCUUCAAAAUUCCGAAUAUUGCCAAUUCAAAUUUGACAUGAAAUAUCUUCACAACAGAUGAAACGGAGAUGUUAGACAGCGACGCCGAUUGGCCGGAGCGAGAAAGUGAGGAAAAUCAUAAAUUAUUAAUUGAAUAUGACAUAUUAUUAGGGAUUUACUCUAAAUUUAAGUGCUUACGUCACGCAAUUUCAAUUCAUCUAAACAUUACGUAUGUACGCAAUGCAAUGUGGGAUACAUGUGGGAAAAUAUUUAUUGUCUGACAAUGACGUGACGUAAGAAGUUCUAAGGUCAAUUGAAUGUACAGGUGUUAUUUAAUAAUGCAAUGGAAGUAAACUGUUUCUGUAAGUUUUCAUUAAUUCUGUUUUAAAAAGAAAAAUACGUGAUUUGGAAGAAAGGACCACGAGGACCACGAGGGCCACGAGGACCACGAGGAGCUGUGGGACGACGGGGGAUGAAAGGAAACAAAGGUAUAUAUAUCCCCCGUAUAUAUGAUGGCGGUGUGAUUGAUUUGCAUUUCACCUAACGCUGUCAAUUGAUGAGUAGAAUUUUUUUACCCAUCACAUUGGAGCGCAAUGAAUACCCAUCAAAGGAGGACAUUUUUUAAACUACCAAAUUAUUUAGAUAGAUUGUCCUGUGUUUUAUCUAUGCGGAGUAUAUCAUAUGAUAUAUUUACUUUUUAUCACAAACUACGCUUUUUGUUAAAAUUAUGUUUAGUAAAAACCUUUGAAAUACAACAUUCAUUAAUUCCCUUUGAUAUACAACAUUCAUAUAGAUUAGAAUUUAGAAACCUGAGCAACGAGCAUAUGCAUGUUAGUAGAAAUAUAUUAUCAAAUUAAAUCAUGAAAAUCAAAUCAAUCUACAUAAAUUUAUUACAUUGUUGCAAACAUACAUGAAUUCAGACAAUUUUGGGAAACAUUUCAUUUUGUAAUAACCAUAGGGCUAAAAUAUCUAAAAUAAUAAAUAUCUAAAACAAUGAAGCAAUAAAAGCAAUGAAUUUGAAGAAGAAACAAAUCAAUUUUAUUCCUUUUGCUAGGAUAUCAACGCAACAGCUGUCAUGCACAACGCACAAUGAACUGAAAUUUUAAACCAAAAUACAGCUUCUAAAACUGAAGAGAAUAAUUAAUUUUUCACUGUUGAUAGAAAAUUCGUUACUAAAUAUGUUUAAUACUUUUAAUAUGUGAGUUACGGUCACAAAAUUGCUAGGGUUAGGGAUAGGGUUGAAGGGUUCUAAUUGACGCCAAAAACUAAAAAAAGAUAAUGGUGUCUAAAUAAAAGUUGUCUGUUACAUGUUAGGUUACUCCUAUACGAAUAUAGUUUUCUUUGUUUUUGUCAAAUACUUUUCCAUAACCCGGCGUAACCGCCUUGUGACCGUAUAUGUGUAAUUAAACAUAACAAUAUUUAUUAUAUAGUAGAGAGUGGUGAGAUACUGAGAAAUACAUGUACACAGUGACAUAUUUUCCAUACUUUCACUAGUGAAGAUAUCGAUCACGUGACUUUUAGUAUUUAUACAAUUUUUUGCUUGGGACUAUAUAAUAAACAGAACAUUACACGUUGGCUUGAAGAUAUGACUUUUAUCUUCUCGUGUUAAAAACAAUAUCUUACUCACUCGCUGCGCUCGUUCGUAAAAUAUUGUUUUCACCACUCGAAGAUAAAAAGUCAUAUCUUCAAGCCAACGUGUAAUAUCCUCUAUAUCUAAUAGGUGAGGCAGGAUUGCCGGGAGUGGAUGGUAGGAAAGGGGACAAGGGAUCAGCUGGAUAUAAGGGAGAUCAAGGACCAGUUGGACGUCCAGGUGCACCAGGUGUGAAAGGCGACGCUGGUGCAUAUGUUAUAGGACCGAAAGGAGAUUCUGGUGAUAGAGGGUUGUAG